GGUCAUUUAACAGUGUGUCUAGUCUAGGUGUGGAGGAAACUAUUUUGUAGAAGAGCAUUCAUACUGCAGUGUGACACAUACCCACACAUGCAAACAUCGUCCCUCAGGCUGCGAUGUGGCCACGUGUAACUGACACUCGGAAGAUCAGUUUCACCGUCAAUUUCCUCAGACGCUCCAACCCCCUUUGGGUCGGUAACAGCGGCGUAUUCCCACCAUCCAAAGCUGGUGACAUGUCCACCUCGUCCUCCGACCCUAGCCUGGCGGUGGCCGCCAUGAGAAAGAGUUACAAACGCGACCAGGAAGCUUUUGAAGAGAACCAGCUGGUUUCUCUGGAUCCCAUGAAGCAGUUUGCUGACUGGUUUGAAGCAGCCACGAAAUGCCCAUCGAUCCAAGAAGCUAAUGCCAUGUGUCUCGCGACCUGCACCAAGGAUGGAAAGCCUUCUGCUCGAAUGUUGCUUCUGAAAGGGUUUGGACCUGAGGGAUUUAAAUUCUACACAAACCACAAAAGCAGGAAAGGAAGGGAGCUCGAAUCCAAUCCAGUUGCAGCAAUAGUAUUUUACUGGGAGGCCCUGAAUAGGCAAGUACGCAUCGAAGGUCAUGUGACCAAGUUGCCAGUCACAGAUUCGGAGGAGUACUUCCAUUCUCGACCCAAGAGUAGCCAAAUCGGUGCUGUGGUCAGCCGGCAGAGCACAGUGAUCCCUGACAGAGAGUUUCUAAGGAAGAAGAAUGCACAGUUGGAGGAACUCUACAAAGACAGCGAGGUUCCAAUGCCCGAGUACUGGGGAGGAUAUCUUCUGGAGCCUGACACCAUAGAGUUCUGGCAAGGCCAGACCAAUCGUCUACAUGACCGAAUCCUGUUCCAGCGUUUAAAAGGGGAGAGCAUUGAAGAUCCUGCCAUGAUUCACAAGGCUGAAGGAGAUUGGGUGUAUAAAAGACUGUCGCCCUGACAACUGCAUGCACAUCAGUCUUCAAACCAUUCCUCAUCCAACCACAGAAUAAUUAUCAUUUUCUUCUAAAUUGAGUCCUGACAUAUUUCACAUCAGAUUGUUGUUUGAAAUUUGAAGGUGACCCAGUGGGAAUCUGCGAACCUUCCCAAGAUUUGAAUUGGAGCUUUAAUCUUCAUAAUUAGAAUGAUAACCUGUUAUUCCCCACCCUGACAUGCAGCACCUGGGACUUUUGGUAAAUACAGUGCAGGCUAUGUUCUCAGACAGAACUAACCUCUCUCUGAGAAAGAUUAAAUUUACAUUACCCAUUGGUGUAGAAUCCCACAGCUCAAACAUUCUCCUAUUUACAUCAUCGACUGGGCAGGAGACCAGACUAUUCAUCCAUGAUAGAUUGACAGUGCAAAACUAGCCAGAGAUAAUGGGAACAGCAGAUGCUGGAGAAUCCGAGAUAACAAAGUGUGAAGCUGGAUGAACACAGCAGGCCAAGCAGCAUCU